AUGUCAACAAUGAAUAUAACAAGCGAUGAGGUCAACUUCUUGGUAUAUAAGUACUUGCAAGAGUCAGGCUUCCAACACUCAGCCUUCACCUUCUUUAAUGAGAGCUGCGUGGCCAAGUCAGAGGUGGUCAGCCACGACGACCUGCCCCACGGCACACUGAUAUCAUUCCUGCAGAAGGGUCUACAAUACAUGGAGGUCGAGACGCAUCUACAGGACGACGGUACCGAGCUGAACUGCAGCGAGCCCUUCUCUCUGGUGUCAGCGCACGUCUGUCAGCUAAAGAAGAAGUCUGACAAGGCAUCCAAGGCAGACAAAGACGUCACCAUGACGCCAGCAAAGAAGGAAUCAAACAAUGUUGGUGGCAGUGCUACCAAGUCAUCAGUCAAGAAAGAGAAGGACAAAGACAAAGAUGUAAAGAUGAAGGAUAAGAAAGAUAAGAAGGAUAAAGAGAAGGAUAAGACAGAUGUAAAGUUGAACACUUUGGAGAUACCAGAGUCAUGUGUGACAACACUGAAAGGUCAUAAGAACGAGGUGUUUGUGUGCUCUUGGAAUCCAAAGUACCCAAUGCUUGCAUCAGGCAGUGGCGAUAGCACUGCGCGUAUCUGGACAUUGCCAACCGAUUUGCCAAUGUCCAAGGGUCAGAUCAACUCCAUCGUCCUUCAUCAUGACAACUCAUCGUUACACAAGUCCAUCGACGUUACCACCUUGGAUUGGAAUCAUGAUGGAUCACUACUAGCGACAGGAUCAUAUGACGGAUAUGCUAGAGUGUGGACGGCAAAGGGAGAGUUGAUGUUUGUGCUGACACAGCAUCAGGCACCGAUAUUCUCACUAAAGUGGAACAAGAAGGGCGACUACCUGCUAAGUGGGUCGGUCGACAAGACAUCGAUCGUAUGGGACAUCAACACGGGCAGUGUCAAACAGCAGUUUGAGUUCCAUUCGGCGCCAACACUCGACAUUGAUUGGCGCAACAACACGCAGUUUGCAUCGUGCUCGACCGAUCGAUUGAUACACAUCUGUGAGGUUGGUAGAGAUCGUCCCAUCAAGACAUUCGAAGGUCACGACGACGAGAUCAACGCAAUCAAAUGGGAUCCAUCAGGUACACUCUUGGCAUCAUGUUCUGAUGAUACAACUGCAAAGAUAUGGAGCUUAAAGAGUGAAGAUUGUGUACAUGAUUUGAAAAAGCAUAGCAAGGAGAUUUACACGAUAAAGUGGAGUCCAACUGGACCGGGAUCGGCCAACCCAAACAUGAACCUUGUACUGGCCAGCGCAUCAUUCGACAGCACCGUCAAGCUAUGGGAUGUAGAGGUCGGAUCUUGUAUUCAUAAUUUCGCCAAGCACUCUGAUCCAGUGUACACAGUAUCAUUCAGUCCUAAUGGCGAGUACUUGGCAAGUGGCUCAUUCGACAAGUUUUUAUAUAUAUGGUCAGUCAAGGAUGGAAGCUUGGUCAAGACAUUCAAGGGCAGUGGUGGCAUCUUUGACGUCUCCUGGAAUACCACAGGAGACAAGCUAUCAGCAUGUUUCUCUAAUAGCACUGUCAGUGUUAUCGAUGUUAAAAUAUAA